ACAGCUGGGGUUCGCAACGGUCACACCUAAAAAAAGGGCUCUUGUUGCAUUUUCCUUGAUCUCCGGAAGUUUUUCAUUGGUUUGCCCAGUUUUUUAUCAAUUUCCCAUUGUUAAUAAUGAGGUAAUUGUCGGCAAAAUGCUUCCAUCAGAUAUUUGCCGAACGUGUGCCCUGCAAAGCCACAAUUUACUGCCCUUAUCCACUUGCCUGGACAGAGACGCCUCCAAAAGUUUAUACGAUGUGCUCCAGGAACUUACUCAAAUCGAUGCCCAGCGGGACAGCUCUGAAGACAAUCUACCACAGCAUCUUUGCACAGAUUGCUGGACAAGAUUAAAGAACGCCCACGCCUUUGUGGAGCAGGCCAGAAAAGUCAAUGGAGAGCUCCAGGCUCGCCUGAGGGAAUGCCUGGAUGAAAUGCCCAUCGAUAUUCCCCAGGAGCAUUACAUAAAAACCGAAGUGGACCUUGACGAUGAGGGCAACAAGUCCGCGGUGAAUGUGGACGCCACCGGAAUGGGUGCCUUAGAGCUCAAGUGGAGGCCGGAAAGCGACAGCGAUGCAGAUUUCGCUGAUGCAGCGGAAAGCGAAGAGGACGAAGUGGAUAAUAAGCCCUAUCAUCUGCGACGCAGCUCUCGGAAAGUCAGGCAGCCAGUGAAAAGCGAAAAGGAGGAUGCUAAACCAUCUGAACAAUCUGAAACACCCAUCAAACGCCGUCGAGGACGUCCGCCUGGUCCUGCCAAAAGCCAGUCGAUGACCACAGAUGGCCGCCACGCCUGUGGAGUAUGUGGAAAGACUUUCUCGUGGUUCCGCGAUAUGCAGCGCCACGCUAGGAUUCACUUCGAGAAGGUCUCCUACGUGUGCGACACCUGUGGAAAGGGAUUCCUGCGCAAGGACAAGUACAUGUUCCACCUUCGCUGCCACAAGAAACGAGAAGCCAAAUGGAAGGCUCUUCAGCUCGGAUACGAGUGGCGUUUCGCCGAGCGUCUUUACAGCUCCGGCAGAUUAAAAAAAAUCGAGUGCAAAUUAUGCGGGCUAAAGUGCAAGCAAAUAGAGGAGCUAAGAAGUCACCUAAAAAGUCACGUGGACUUGGAGACCUUAGUCAAUUUGAGAAAGGAUAGUGAUGUGGUCAGGGAGCAUUUUUCUGGAUUGCCGUGUGACUUGGAUAUUAUCAAGCAACAGAUCAGUGCUAACAUAGCCGAAGGGCAUUUAGAAAAAUAUGCCUGCGUUGUAAAUUUUCACGGCUAUGAGUUAGGACUCAGUGAUUCAGAUGAUAAUUGUGAAAGCUUGGAGGCUAAAUAUAAUUGCUUUGUGUGCAAUGACUCUUUCAGCCGCAAACAUCGCUUGGUGAAACACACCUUGGAGGAGCACUCACAGUCCCCAUCGCUUCCGUGGCAACGCUGCAGUUUCUGCAAAAUUGGUUUCCUCUGCCUAACACUCUACAAUCAACAUUUGAUAACCCAUUGCCACAGCAAAAUAAAGCGAUAUCGGUGCCGUAAGUGUCCUGGAAAGUUUAUGUGGCCGGAAAACCUUCAGAGACACGCCUGUUCCCAUAGCCGCGAGGAAACAACGCCCAGGCAAAUAUCGUGCUCUUUGUGUGAUGCUCAACUACCCAGCCUGGCGCGACUUCGUAUUCACUUAACCACACACCAAUUGGAUUUAAAUGGCAUUAACCCGGAGUUCAAUUCGUCCUUCUUUCGCUCGUUUUACCCUAAUGGAUUGGACUGCACUACCGCGGAUCUGGCCGCCCGCAUUGGUGAGGAUUUCGAGGUCCAGGACUUCGAUCGUUAUUACAAUGCCUGCACGGAAAGUGGCCAAGAGCUGGAUCUCUUUGAUUCUGAAUCGGAACAAAGCGAUGAGGAGACUAAGAAUCUCUCUCAUACCUGUCUGCUAUGUGGAGCAGUUACGAGUACCCUGACGACCUUAAUGCAGCAUCAAAAUCGCAUUCAUUCUGAGGGAUCCAUUGAUCUGCCAUGUUCUUGCGAAAAGUGUGGUUCUGGUUUCGUAAACAAAGCGCUACUUCAUCAACACCGUAGGCGCAGCUGCGGCCAGAAACACUCUCGCUUUCACUGCCAGAUUUGCAGUCUCCAAUUCGUGUGGCAGGCAAACUAUGAGCAGCAUCUGAGGACACACCAUGACGUAAAGAAAGAUGAAGAGCCACUGGCUGGCAAACAAGGUUAUUCGGUCAGCAAGCUUCAGUGCGAUGAAUGUGAUAAGGUAUUUAUCUGGCACAAAGACCUCACCCGUCACAAGCGUUUACAUCAACCUCAGUCGGCAGCCCAGUUUGACUGUCCCCAUUGUCAUCGCAAGUUUCACCGCAAAGAUGGCCUUAAAUCACAUUUAAAAGUGCAUGCCGGCGAACCCGAGACCCUCAAGGAAGAGCGUACCACCGCCAACGUUGUGGAAGGAAUGGCUCUGUCGCGGCUUAGUCGACCUCAUGGUUGCAAGUUGAUUCAGUGCAUGAUCUGCCUCUCGCGCCACUCAAAAAUCAGUGAUCUACGGACCCACCUAAAGUCGCAUCAAUACGGAUUAAGUUUGUCCGCAGAAAGAGAUAUUCCCAGUGCCUCAAAAUCUUUUUACCCGGAACUAGAAACUGCUUUAGAAAGAGAUAUUCUGGCCGGAAAAAUUAUGGCUGAUGUGGAUAAAGGAUUGGAGUUGGAUCGUUUUAUUUCAAUCACCAACGAAGCGGGACUAGAACUAAGUCUCGACAGUAGUGAAACUGAUUCUGAAUCCGAUCAGGAGCAGAAAAUAUCAGUAAGAAGCUAUUCCUGCAACCUCUGUUCGACGAUUGUAAGAAGAAAACAUGAAUUGUUUGCCCACCAACUGGAAGAGCACAAGUUUGAGGAAGCAUUCCUUGUUUGCUCCCAUUGUCAAGUUAGGUUCGUCAACGAAUCUCUGCUUGAUCAUCACUCUAGGACACUGUGCUACAAUCCGCAGAAGGUUUUCCAGUGCCGCAAAUGUCCACUUCGCUUCCGGUGGCGGGAGAACCUGAAGCUCCACGUGAACUUAUCCCAUCAGCAAUUCGAAAUUCCAAACCCAGAUGAAUUCUCUCAAGCUGAUGGGAACCUUGAAUGCGGGGAGUGUCAUCGUAGCUUCAAAAUGCAAAAGGACCUCACGCGCCACACACUGAUGCACGCCCAGGAGUCAAACAUUUUCAGGUGUCGUUGGUGUGCCCGUCGCUUUUAUCGCUGGGCCAAUCUUCUACAGCACAUCGCGCGCCAUGGAAUAGGUGUUGGCCAAUUGCCUUAUGCGGAGGCAAUUUUAGAUUCCUACGGGAAUCCUGGGGGUCGCAAAAAAGUGGAGUGCCGAGUGUGCUGUGUUAGCUUUCCCACAAUCGCAGCUUUGCGUCUGCACCUCGAAACCAUGCCCUCAGGAAGUCACCACGAGCUCACCUCACUUCAAAACUACUCCAUUACAAACCAAAUGGGCUACGAGAUGGACCUAGAUGACUCAGAGACUGAUGAUGAAGAUGGCAGGACACAUUCAAAACCACCUGGAGCCCCUGAUUUUUACACCUGCGGUAUGUGCCAACUGCGAUGUUCGCGCAAAUUCGAGCUACAUCAACACCAGCAGGCAAUGCACCGAAUGGAGAAGAUUCCCGACGGCUGUGACAUGUGCAUCUUCAAAAGCGUCUGCCCGGAAAUAAUUUUUCAUCAUAAGAAGACUCAGUGCGAAAAUCGGGAGAAGCAGUUCAAAUGCACUCGGUGUGGCUAUAAGUUCAUGUGGGAGUCCAACCUGCUGCAGCACAUGCAAUUGCAACAUGAAAAGACAGAUGAUCAAGAUCUGGAUGAACCUAAGGAGGUGUCUGGAGAUGAGCCAAAAGCUGAGUGCCAGGUAUUUCAGUGUGGACUUUGCCCAAGGAAAUAUAACCGCAAAGAUCGUCUCACGGCUCACUCGAAGAAAUUCCAUGGGCCCGAUGGCAAAGGCUCCAACCUAGUGAAGGUCUCCAAUAGAACCACAUCGCCCAAGGAGCCCAAGCGCUUCCUGUGUGCUUUCUGCGGCAAGGCGGUCAGUUCCUCCUCCAACCUGAUUAUCCAUAUGCGCCGCCAUACCGGCGAAAAGCCCUUCAAGUGCGAGUACUGCACAAUGGCCUUUCCCCGAUCCUCCGACCUUCAGUGCCACCGGAGGACGCACACGGGCGAACGGCCCCAUGUGUGCACCGUGUGUCAAAAGGGAUUCGCCCGUUCCUACAAACUGCAGCAGCACAUGCGCAUCCACAGCGGAGAGCGGCCAUACAAAUGCACCUACUGUGAGAAAAGCUUCACGCAGUCCAACGAUCUGACCCUCCACAUUCGUCGGCACACUGGCGAGCGGCCCUACCAAUGCGGCGUCUGUGGGGAGCGAUUUAUCCAGGGAACGGCCCUCAAGAACCAUCGGAUGCAGCAAAGCCACUACGACGAAGGACAGGAAUCAGGGGAGCCGCCGCGACGCACGGUUCUGGAACAGUUUACUAUAUAGAAAUGAGUAACGGAUCCCUUUUUAAUUUAUUUAUUUUUAAUUUUUCAGAAGUAUUUUUUAGUUUGGAUUUUGUGGGUGUAAACUUUAAAAAAGUGGGAAGUUAAGUUAACUCAAGUGUUGGCUUAGAUUUUAUGUAUAUCUAAGAGGCGACAUUAAAAAUAAUAAUUAAAUAUAAAGCGAA